CAAAAGUCCAAGAAGAAACAAACAGUGGUCUCAGCAUCACCCACGAACACACAUGAGAUGACACAGUCUAACUCAAGACAGAGAAGAAGAGAAUGUAAGUAGCGAAAACAGCAAGCAUCAAGCUUCAACUUAGAUAUAGAAAGAGAAAGUUCCCUCCAUUCUUCACUCCUUUUCCCUUUUCCCUGCAACAUCUCAAAGCCAUGACCAACACCACCCCAUUCCACCACACAUAACCAUGCCCUCCCGACAACUCUCCACGUCACCCUCACCCGACCACUACCCGAUUCCCCACCCCCCGCCACGUCAUCACCACCACCACCACCAGUUUCUCGUCCCUCUCCUCGCCGCCACCGCCUCAACAUGCUUCCUACUCCUUCUCCUCGUUAUUUUCCUCCUCUUCCACCGCAAGCGCGCCGCCGCCGCCCUCCCCCCUCCGGCGACGUCCUCCCCGCCGCACCGCCUCCCGUUCUCCGUCCUCCGCCGCGCCACUCGCUCCUUCUCCACGCGCCUCGGCCACGGCGGCUUCGGCCCCGUCUUCGCCGGGGACCUCGGCGGCGCCCCGGUCGCCGUGAAGCUGAUGGACUCGUCCCACCAGCAGCAGGGCGAGCGCGAGUUCCACAACGAGCUCUUCUUCGCGUCGAGGCUCAUCUCGCGGCACGUGAUCACCGCCACGCACUUCUCCUCCGACCCGAAACGACGCCGCUUCCUCUUGGUGUACGAGCUCAUGCACAACGGAAACCUCCAAGACGCGCUCUUGCACCGCAAGUGCCCCGAACUCUCGAACUGGAACACGCGCUUCCAAGUUCUCCUCAACAUCGCCAAGGGAAUUUCCUACCUCCACUCCUGCGACCCUCCCGUUGUUCACGGUGACAUCAAACCGAGUAACGUGCUUCUCGACCGCGAUUUCUCCCCCAGGAUCGGCGAUUUCGGCUUGGCUCGGUUGCGCUCCGAGAUUCCCAGGUUUAUAAUUGACGUUCUUGAAUGUGGUACUUGUGUUGAUAACGAUGAAGAGAAGAAGAAGGAGGUUGAUGAUUGUGGGUCGGUGGAGAGUGCUCAUAGUGCUUUUAUGGAGGAAGGUAGCUUGGGUGUGGGGCAAUCGCCGGAGACUGCGAUGGAUUCGCCGGAGACGGGGUUGGCGGUGGCCGCGGGGGCGUCGCCGGAGAAAGAGGGUGGGAAGAGGAAUGGGAGAGGGUUGAAGAGUAACUCGGUGAGGGAUUAUGUGAUGGAGUGGAUGGGGAGGGAGAAUAAGGAGAGGGUGAAUGGUGGAGUUGAAUGUGGAGAUGUGGAGAAAAAGGAGAAGAAGAAGAAGAAGAAGAGAAGGAAGAGGGAAUUGGAAUGGUGGGAGUCAAUGGAGGAGGAAAAGUUCGAUGGGGUUGUUAAGGGGAAGAGAAGGACUGUGAGGGAAUGGUGGAAGGAGGAGUGUUGCGAGGAGGAUGAAAAGAAGAAAAAGAAGAACAAGAACAAGAACAAGAACAAGAAGAAUGUGAAGAGUGAUGAUGAUGAGAAUGGUGAUGAUUGGUGGGUGAGUGACGAUGCAUUGGAUAGGGACAGGAGGAAGGUCAAGAGUAGGAGUAGGAAUAACCGUGGGAACAUGGAGUGGUGGAUGGAUGGGUUGAGUGGUGAAUUGUGGAGAGGGAGGAGGAAUAACAGCUUUGAUUCUGCUAGUGGGGAGAUUCCAAAGAGUGGUGGUGUGAGUAGUACUCCUAGUAUGAGGGGAACUGUGUGUUAUGUUGCUCCUGAGUGUGGCUAUGGUGGGGAUGUGUCCGAGAAGUGUGAUGUGUAUAGCUUUGGGGUGGUGUUGCUUGUGAUCAUUUCUGGGCGGCGCCCACUUCAGGUGAGUGGUUCGCCCUUGUCUGAGUUUCAGAGGGCGAAUCUAUUGUCGUGGGCGCGCCAUUGUGCCAAAAAUGGGAAGCUCAUUGAGCUGGUUGAUGAGUCUAUUGAGAUGUUGGAUAAGGAGCAGGCUCUUCUCUGCAUCAAGGUGGCUUUGCUUUGCUUGCUAAAGUCACCUGAUCGUCGUCCUUCAAUGAAGGAGGUUGUAGGAAUGCUUAGUGGGGACUUGGAGCCACCCCAAUUGCCCGUUGAGUACUCACCUUCAACCCCUUCUAGGUUCCCUUUCAAGUCUAGGAAAAAAGGCCGGUGAGUUUCUAGUUCUAAUACCAGAUAACACAAUUUCAUUAGAAGUUAAACUAGUAUACUGGAAGUGGAAGUUUACCUAUGACAGGAAAAAAUGUAUAGGGAUUUAGAAAGGGAAAGCUAUAUUCUUACCAUUGGUGUUCAUUAUUAUUUUUUUUGUAACUUUUGUUAACCACUUUGCUCCUAGUUCCUUCAGUUUACUCUGUUUUGAUACCAUUGUGGAUUAGUAGUGUUUGAUCUGUGUAUGUCACAUUGAUUCACCUACUUCAGGUAUUUUUUCAUUCUGACUUAUAGGCAUGCCUUGAGUGAUGUUCAUCGUUUGGAAAUUAUGGCCCAUGUUCUUGUAGUGAGGAUUGAGGCCAUCUUUGUAGUUUGUAAUCUCUUACUUUUGGAAAUGAAAUAACAACAUACCUUUUCUUUACUACGGAAGUUAUUCC